AUGCAUCACGCUCUUCUAAAAAGUAUUCCGAGACUCUUAUUAUUCACUCCUUCCUGCAAGAGCGGCGGUAAAAACAUCGUCAGAAGAAGAGGCGCGAUGACCACCACCAAUUUCGCUUCGUUGUCUUCUUUGAAUCAAGUGUCUUUCGCCGUCCCUGGUCUCGAAAUCAUCGACCAUUCGUUCACCGUUCCGUUGCAUCACGCGAAACUCGAGUACAAUAAAACGAACGAAAAGAUACAAAUAUUCGUCCGCGAAAUCGUCAGUUCGGCGAAUAAAGCUUCUGAGAAAAGAGAGACAUUAAAAACCGCGCUGUAUUUACAAGGCGGGCCUGGAUUUGAAUGCGCGAGAGUGCAAGAAAUAGGCGGUUGGAUUGGACACUUGGCGAAGGAGAAGAACAUGCGAGUGUUAUUACUUGACCAACGAGGGACCGGGCGCUCGUCGCCGAUGACAAGACAAAAGUUACUCAGAGAAGAAAAUUCAAUAGACGAGACGUUGCAAUACUAUCGAGCGGAUUCUAUCGUGGAAGAUUGCGAAUUCGUUAGGAAAGAAAUGCUCGGAGAGGAGAAGAAAUACGACGUCGUUCUCGGGCAAUCUUUCGGAGGAUUCUGUUUGACGACGUAUUUGAGCAGGUACGGGAACGAGGCGAUAGAUAUGGCGUUGUUGACUGGCGGGGUGCCACCAUUGUGUAAUAAAGAUCCGAAAGACUCGUACGUUAAGUUAUUAGAUCGAGUGAAGACGCAAACGAAGAAGUAUUAUUCGAGAUUUCCGAGAGAUAAGGAGAUUAUGAAAGAGCUCGCGAAAUUGUGCGACGCCAAGGAACGGGUGAAAACGUUAAACGGGAACAUCGUCAGCGCCAGAGGAGUUCAGGCCUUAGGAUUUUCGUUAGGUACCGCCGGUGGGUUCGAGAGGCUGCAUUACAUGUUAGAGAACGCGAUUUGCGAGGAGAAUGGAAAAAGAAGAGUGUCGGAUGAGUUUAUGAACGCGUUCGAUAAGUUCCACCCGUUUGAUUCGAACCCGUUGUACGCGUUGAUGCACGAAUCUAUUUAUAUGAAUGGCGGUAACAACAGUUCAAAUUGGGCUGCCGAGCGUGCGAUAAAAGAAAGAGCGAGCGAUUGGGACCCAGUCGCGCCCGAACACGGGGACGAUGGUGUUUUGUUCACCGGCGAGAUGGUCUUGCCGUUCUUUUACGACGAACUGUCCUAUUUGCAGCCGAUGAAGCGCGUCGCGCAGGCGUUGCAAGACCGAACGGAUUGGCCGAAACUGUACGAUUUAGAGAAAUUGAGAACGUGUAAAACGAAAACUGCGUGCGCGUUAUAUUUGGACGACAUGUUCGUCGAUUUUGAUUUAGCCAUGGAUGUCGUCAAUAACUACAUGGGUCCGAACGUGCGAGUGUAUGCGACGAACGAGUACAUGCACUCGGGCAUUCGAGAAGACGGGAAAAGAAUCAUCGAUAAGAUGAUUGCCAUGUUAGACGAUUCCGAUCCUUUGAGAUAG